UGUCUCCCUGCAGACUGGCAUUUUCCCUGCGCAACCUAAUUUUCACCUCUGUAGAAGAAAAUCAACCCAUUUCCAGUCUUCCUUUUCUUAGCACGUUAGUUGAAAAAGGCUACCAACGAGACACUCGAGAGCUAAACUGAGACAUGAUGCUGCCAAUUCUGCUGCUGGUUCUACCAGCCCUGAGUCCCACUUGGGCCUGGAUUCCAGUGGAGGAUUGGGAGACCGGCAAUGUGACUGCAUCAGUAGGUGAGUCGGGUCAGUGUGUUUGCCAUGUGUAUCUACCUGAAACUGCCUUCCCUGCCGACCGGGUUCAGCACAUGCAACAAGUCAGCAAGGAGCUGAUCCUGGAGGUUGAAAUUCAAAUGAACAAGUUGACGAGCUAUGAGAGUAAGUUGGAGGUCUACUUGAAGGAACUCAAGGCUCUGACUGUGAGAGUGGCCAUGCUGGAGACCAGUGCUGACAGUUACAUCAAACUGGACUUUGAGCUGCUCAGGGUUGAGCUCAGAGAGUUUGAGGCUCUGGUGUCUCAGCUCAAAGACUCCUUCAACUCCUCCUCACCCAUUUUUGACAGUCUGUAUACUGAGAUUCGCAACAUGACCCUCAUUGUGAAUCAACUGGAGACGUACGACAAGAGCAACCUGGAAGUGAUCCGCAUUGAAUUUGCUAAGCUGCAGAUGAAGCUGGAGGAUUGCCAGAAAGAGCAGGAUUUCAUCAAGCCAGAUAUUGGCAACUGCAAUCACACAGGAAUAAUGACCCUCAGCAAGCCAAUAGUGGUCCAAGUGAAUGCUCAUUUGAAUGCAGGUUUUCAAUACGGAGGCUGGGGAAAAGACUCCAAACCUGUUAGAGGCUAUGAAUCAAUGUACUUCUAUGGUGCAUACACAAAUCCGUCUGUUCAUGACUUUUAUUUGUACUCUAACUAUGAAAACCUAAUUCUGAGGUCUGCAUUCAAACACCAUGACAUACCAAGUGGGUGGGAAGGUACCGGCAACAACUACAUUGUUCACGAUAAUACCAUAUAUUACCAGCGGAGCUCACCUUUCAGUAUGACCAAACUGAAUCUGACCAGUUCCAAAUAUGACUACAGAGUGAUCUCAGCUGCCAGUCAAAGGUUCUCAUACAGUUACUCAGACAAUCAGCACCUGGACUUUGCAGCUGAUGAAAAUGGCUUGUGGGUAAUUUAUGCUUCAGAGGUGAGCAAAGGUAAAAUUGUCCUCGCUAAAAUAGAUGAGAAAUCUUUCGGCAUUGAGGAUGAGUGGAACACCGGUGCAUUCAAGCAGUUGGCUGGGAAUGCUUUCAUGGCCUGUGGAGUCAUGUAUGUCACCAGGUCAGUGGAUCUGAAUACAGAGGAGAUCUACUAUGCGUUCGACACCAAGACCAGAAAGGAGAAACACCUCAGCAUCCCCUUCCAGAAGUUUCAGGAGAAAUACACCAACCUGCAGUACAAUCCCACUGAUCAGAAGCUCUACAUGUACAAUAACGGCUACUACGUGUCCUACAGUGUGAGGUUUAACAAAGCAUGAUCCCUCCUCUUUGUGAUCUACCGUGUUGUGAUUGAUACGAUUGAUCUGUAUUUCCUCACUUUGUCACUGUGAGGUCUAUAAAGCUAUGUACUGUAACACAUAGACUUAUUACUGUCUUUUCCUGAAUAAAAUCAAACUGAAGCAUUUGAA